CUACUAAAUGUUAAAAUUCUCCUUCUUGUUCAUUAGUCAAACAGUGACACCUUGUGGUUAAUUUGUGCUUUUAUUUUGAAUAACGCUAGACUUCUUCUUCGUGUGUUUUGUGGUUCUGCACUUCCUGUUCUUGCUAAGCGUGAUGAGUCAGCGUUAGAUCCUGAAGAAAGCUAAAGAAAAUCGUUAAAAUAGCGCCCUUGGAAAGCAGAAUGAGUUUUCACGGUGUCUAAAGAUUAAACUGCACCCGUUUGGAACUCCCUGCGUCUGGCUGUUUAUUCCAAGUGGCCGCUACAGUGAAAACUCACCGCAAGAGACCAGAUCUUUCGGCAGUGAAGCUGACACCAUCCUUUCUGGAAGCCAGCUGUCUCCAGUCGGACCAAUGAUCUCACACAGGCAAGAUAAACCAUAAAGUUAAAGUGGACCAUCACAUGAACAAGCUCACAACAUAACUGAAUUGGCGUAGUGUGUCUUCAGUGAACCCAAAGCAGUUGAAGAAAGCAAAAAAUGUCACUUCCAACAGAGAAAACAGAUAAUGCUGUAGACAUGCCACUCAGGUCUAGCUCCAGAGAAAGAAAACUAACAGAAAAAGGCCAAGAGAUGCACAUCCAAGAGAACAAAAAACGUGAGAAAACAUUCCACAAGGUCUAUGAUUCUUGGAAGUGGGUGGCAAGAGAAAGUAGGAAAAAACUAAAGGCCCUCUGUACAUUAGAAGAACUCAAUGAUUUACAGGAAACCAUUCAAGCAAAAUAUGAUGCUGUAAGACUACAGUACGAACCCAUUCUACAUAACAGUAACACCACAGCAGAGAUUGUCAAAAAGAUGGAAGCCUGUGUUACGCUCACAAAAGAAAUUUGUGACCUCAUAAACAAUCGUACAGAGACUAUUGAUAAAGAUUAUAAUAGUCAUCUUGAGAAAGAAAGAGUAAGAGAAACAUUAAACAAAGAUGAAUAUGGAUCUAUCUUUGGUCACACUCAAACUGAAACUGUAAGCUCAUCUAAAUCAUCAGAGAGUUCAAGCAGCCAUUCCAACUCAUCUAGUACUAAUGACAACAAAGCAGAUGCACAAGCAGAGCUUGCUGCUAAAGUGGAACAAUCAAAGGCCACAAAAGAAAUUCAAGCACAACAAGCACAGCUCCAAAAAUUAGAAAACGAAUGGAAACUUAAAGAGUCAAAGAUGCUGUCAGAAAUGAAGCAAAAAGAAGUGGAAAUGCAACAACAACUGGAUCAAGAAAGAGCAAAACUGCAGCGGUUAAAAGAAGAAAAGGAACUAGCUGUAGCAGCAGCUCGUGUGAGAGCAUACGAUGAAUUUGAACGCUGUGUAAGCAAUGUUGAAGAAGUUGAAGAUCUUAAUUACAGAACUAACCCUGUCUUCUCUAGAGAUAAACCCUGCUUAAAUCCAGAUGCUGCAUUUUUCCAGCCUUACCAAUCAGCUCCAGAGGUGACAACAAAUCCAGAGACAUCCAAUCUAGCUGAAGCAAUUGCCAGCUCAUUAAGCAUGAGUCGCUUACCAGUCCCUGAACCCACAGUAUUCAGUGGAGAUCCUUUAAGGUUUACUGAUUGGAAAAUGUCAUUUAUGACUCUUAUUGACAGAAAGCCCCUCCCAGCUAGUGAGAAGAUGUUUUAUCUCAGAAACUAUCUUGCUGGAGAAGCACGCAAAGCUGUUGAAGGUUUCUUCUACCGUGACUCAGAAAGUGCAUACAUUGGUGCUUGGAAAGUCUUACAGGACAGAUAUGGCAACGCUUUCAUUAUACAGAAAGCUUUUCGUGACAAGCUUGCAAGAUGGCCAAAGAUCAAUGCAAAUGACUCACUUGCACUACGUGAGUUUUCUGACUUCCUCCAAGGCUGUAAAGAAGCAAUUCCACAUGUCAAGGGAUUAGCUAUCCUCAAUGACUGUGAAGAAAACCAUAAGUUGCUCAAAAAAUUACCUGAAUGGAUUGUUCGCAAGUGGAGUCGAAUAGUAGUGGAUGAACUUGAUGAAUCAGGUGAUUAUCCAGAUUUUAAAUGCUUCACAGAGUUUUUGAGCAAAGAGGCAAAAAUAGCGUGUAAUCCCAUCGCCUCACCCCUGUUGGGCAAUUUCAAGUUUGCAGAUGACAGAACCCCAAAGAGAGCCAAAACUUUCAACACAAAUGCACAACAAAAAGGUUUCAGUCAUGGGGCACAAGAUACAAAUAGCUGUAAACCAAAAUCACUGUGCUAUGUUUGUAAAAGUGAGGACCAUGGCAUCACCAGGUGUCCCGCUUUUGCUUCAAAGAGUGUUGAAGAUAAAAGGACAUUCAUACAUGAAAAUCGGCUCUGCUUUGGUUGCCUGAGAAGAGGUCAUGUGACCAAGGAUUGUAAGAGACGACACACAUGCAAUAUAUGCAGACGUCGUCAUCCAACCUGCUUACAUGAAGAGAGGAAGGAAAAACCUGUGGAGACAACAACAAAUAGCUCCACUUCCACAGAACCACCUUCAAGCCAAGAAACACACAGAGUUGUGUCCCAUACAUCAACACAGCAUACUUCUGCCACCACCAGUAUUGUACCAGUACUUGUGUCUUCACUACAAGAGCCACAUAGAGAAAUACUAACAUAUGCAAUGCUGGACACACAAAGUGACUCAACAUUUGUGUUAGAAGAUGUCAUUGACAGACUGAAUGUGGAUUCUCAUCCAACAAAGCUGAAGCUCAGUACUAUGACUGCUGUCGACACAAUCAUUUCCAGCAAGAGUGUUCAUGGUCUACAAGUUCGAGGACUUAACUCUGAGAGUCGCAUCCAACUACAUCAAGCUUACAGCAGAGAUUUUAUCCCAGUGGACAAGUCGUACAUCCCAACGAAAGAAACUGCAUUAAUGUGGCCUCAUCUCAGAAACUUGGCAGAUAAGUUACCACCCGUUCAAGACUGUGAUGUAGGGCUUCUCAUUGGAUACGACUGUCCAGCUGCUUUAGCUCCACUUGAAGUUAUAACAGGUGACCAAAACCAACCCUUUGCACAAAGAUCAGAACUAGGAUGGAGUAUAAUAGGCUCAUCAAAUCCCCACCUAGACAGACAAGGAAGUCAAAGCUUUGUGCAUCGACUCUCAGUAAAGGAGCUACCAAUCCCAUCGCCGACUGACAUUUUAAAGACCUUAGAAUCGGAUUUCAUGGAGAGAAGCUACGAAGAUAAAUAUGUGUCCCAAGAUGAUGUUAAUUUUAUACAGUUUCUCAGUAACAACAUCACACAGAAGGAUGACGGGCAUUAUGAAAUGCCUCUCCCAUUCAAAGGCAGCAAUCCGCCUAAUCUACCGAACAACAAAAGACUAGCCCAAGUUCGCCUGCAGUGUCUUAAGAAAAAAUUAAAGGCCAACAAACACUACUAUGAACAAUACAAAACAUUCAUGGAAGAAACCAUAAAUAAGGGUGAUGCAGAGCCUGCCCCUACAAUAUCUGAGGGAGAAACAGAGUGGUACCUUCCACAUCAUGGCAUCUACCAUCCCAGAAAACCAGAUAAGCUGAGAGUUGUUUUUGACUGUUCAGCCAAAUUCCAUGGUGUUUCUCUUAACGACACAUUGCUCACUGGGCCUGAUUUAAUCAAUCCUUUGUUAGGAGUGCUAUGUCGCUUCAGGAAAGAGACCAUAGCAAUAAUUUGUGACAUAGAAAGAAUGUUUUACCAAUUUUCUGUCACUCCUGAAUCCAGAAAUUAUCUUAAAUUCCUCUGGUGGAAAGGUGGAGAUUUGGAGAAAGAACCACAGGAGUACAGAAUGGCAGUUCAUCUCUUUGGAGCUGCAUCAUCUCCAGGAUGUGCUAAUUUUGGGUUAAAACAUCUGGCACAGCAACACAAGACUAACUAUCCUCAAGCAGCCACAUUUAUUGAGAAAAACUUUUAUGUGGAUGAUGGCUUAGUUAGUGUGCCAUCAGUUGAGGAAGCCAAGAAACUGAUCAUUGAGUCACAAGAGUUGUGUAAAAAAGGAGGCUUACGGCUUCAUAAAUUCAACUCAAAGGAAGCUGCUCUCGCCUGCUUGGAUCCUUCGGAAGUAGCAGCAGCCAUCGAGCCCCGUGGUUUGGAUCCAGCCUCAUCAGAGCGUGCACUCGGCAUUCAGUGGUUGAUAAAGAACGACACCUUCGUUUUUAACAUCAGCUUAAAAGAUCAACCUUCAACCCGCCGUAGCUGCUUGUCCAUCGUUGCUUCACUUUAUGACCCUCUUGGAUUCAUUGCUCCAUUCAGCCUUAGUGGAAAACUUAUCCUUCAAGAGCUUUGUCACAGAGGCAUAGGAUGGGACGAUCCUCUCCCAGAAGAUAUAAAGCCACGAUAUUCAUUCGACAAACUGGCUGCAAGGACCGAGGUUUCUUUGGGAGCAUGA